CUCUUUGUGUUUGGAAAUUGUGGAACUUGUUUUCUUUCUUUCUUUCUUUAGCUGCUUCCUAUGGAAGCUGCUGCAGCUUCUGAGGAUUGUUGUGUUAAGGUUGCGGUUCAUGUAAGACCGCUCAUCGGUGAUGAGAAGCUUCAAGGUUGUAAAGAUUGUGUUACAGUCGUCUCAGGAAAGCCUCAGGUACAAAUUGGGACACAUUCCUUUACGUUUGAUCAUGUCUAUGGGAGCACUGGUCCUCCCUCUUCUGCCAUGUUUGAGGAAUGCAUUGUUCCACUUGUUGAUGGCUUAUUCCAAGGAUAUAAUGCUACUGUUCUUGCGUAUGGUCAGACUGGGUCAGGUAAAACAUAUACUAUGGGCACAGGCUUCAAAGAUGGUUGCCAAACAGGAAUCAUUCCUCAAGUAAUGAAUGCUUUGUUCAGCAAGAUUGAAAGUCUUAAACAUCAAAUCGAAUUUCAAUUGCACGUUUCCUUCAUUGAGAUUCUGAAGGAAGAAGUGCGAGAUUUGCUGGAUUCUACGUCUUUGAACAAAUCAGAUACUGCAAGCGUGAACACAGGGAAAGUAAAUGUCCCUGGAAAACCACCAAUACAGAUUCGUGAAUCAUCAAAUGGUGUUAUUACACUGGCAGGAUCUACUGAACUUAGUGUCAGUACAUUAAAAGAAAUGUCUGCUUGCCUAGAACAGGGAUCAUUGAGUAGGGCGACAGGGAGUACUAAUAUGAACAACCAGUCAAGCCGCUCACAUGCAAUCUUCACCAUCACCUUAGAGCAAAUGCAUAAACUCAAUCCGGUUGUUUCUGGAGAUGGAAGUCAUAAUGACAUUAUGAGUGAAGAAUAUCUUUGUGCCAAGUUACAUUUGGUAGAUCUUGCUGGAUCAGAGCGAGCAAAACGAACAGGUUCUGAUGGUAUGCGUUUUAAAGAAGGAGUUCAUAUCAACAAGGGCCUGCUAGCACUUGGUAAUGUCAUCAGUGCACUUGGUGAUGAAAAAAAGCGCAAAGAAGGUGUUCACGUUCCAUAUCGAGAUAGUAAACUUACACGGCUUUUGCAGGAUUCUCUUGGUGGCAACAGCAGAACUGUCAUGAUAGCCUGCAUUAGUCCCGCUGACAUCAAUGCCGAGGAAACCCUUAAUACUUUAAAGUACGCAAAUCGUGCUCGCAAUAUCCAAAACAAGCCUGUUGUUAACCGAGAUCCUAUGUCAAAUGAGAUGCUAAAGAUGCGUCAACAAUUAGAGUAUCUGCAGGCAGAACUUUGUGCCCGUGGAGGUUCUGAUGAAGUACAGGUUCUCAAGGAAAGGAUUGCUUGGCUUGAAGCUGCUAAUGAGGAUCUUUGCCGAGAACUUCAUGAGUACCGCAGCAGAUGCACCAUUGUAGAGCAACGCGAAACAGAUGCUCAUGAUGGCAGUCCUUGUUCUGUCAAAAGUGAAGGGCUGAAAAGGAAUUUGCACAGUAUAGAGUCAUCUGACUAUCAAAUGGGUGAAACCAUGAUAGGUGAUUCCAGAGAAAUUGAUGAAGAAGCAGCUAAAGAGUGGGAGCACACACUUCUACAAAAUACUAUGGACAAAGAGUUGCAUGAGUUGAAUAGACGUUUAGAGGAGAAAGAGUCUGAGAUGAAACUUUUUGGAGGUGACACAGUUGCACUCAAGCACCAUUUUGGGAAGAAAAUUCAGGAGUUAGAGGACGAGAAAAGAGCUGUGCAGCAAGAGAGGGAUCGCUUGUUGGCCGAAAUUGAAAAUCUUUCUGCUGGUUCUGAUGGACAAACACAAAAAUUGCAAGAUAUCCAUGCUCAGAAACUAAAAUCCCUUGAAGCACAGAUUCUGGAUCUUAAGAAAAAACAAGAGAACCAGGUUCAGCUUUUAAAGCAGAAACAGAAAAGUGAUGAAGCAGCCAAACGACUGCAAGAUGAAAUUCAAUUCAUAAAGGCACAAAAGGUUCAGUUGCAACAUAGGAUAAAACAAGAGGCAGAACAAUUCCGUCAGUGGAAAGCCUCUAGAGAAAAGGAACUGUUGCAGUUACGGAAGGAAGGCAGGAGAAAUGAGUAUGAAAGGCAUAAGCUACAAGCGUUAAAUCAACGCCAGAAAUUGGUUCUCCAAAGAAAAACAGAGGAGGCGGCCAUGGCCACCAAGAGGCUAAAAGAGUUGCUCGAAGCUCGUAAAUCAUCUGCCCGUGAUAACUCAGCUAUUGCCAAUGGGAAUGGAACAAAUGGGCAGAACAAUGAGAAAGCUUUACAACGUUGGCUAGAUCAUGAGCUAGAAGUCAUGGUGAAUGUGCAUGAAGUUCGCUUUGAAUAUGAGAAGCAAAGCCAAGUGAGAGCUGCUCUUGCAGAAGAGUUGGCUGUGUUGAAGCAAGUAGAUGAGUUUGCUUCAAAAGGGCUGAGCCCUCCAAGAGGAAAGAAUGGAUUUGCCAGGGCAUCCUCCAUGUCACCAAAUGCAAGAGUGGCUAGAAUAUCUUCACUUGAGAAUAUGCUCAGCAUAUCAUCUAAUUCACUUGUUGCAAUGGCUUCACAACUUUCAGAGGCAGAGGAGCGGGAGCGUGCCUUCACUAAUCGUGGACGUUGGAAUCAGUUGCGCUCUAUGGGAGAUGCAAAGAACUUGCUUCAAUAUAUGUUCAAUUCUCUUGGAGAUGCAAGGUGCCAAUUAUGGGAAAAAGACAUGGAAAUCAAGGAAAUGAAAGAACAACUUAAAGAACUUGUAAGUCUGUUGCGCCAGAGUGAGCUACGAAGAAAAGAAGUUGAGAAUGAGCUAAAAUUAAGAGAGCAAGCUGUUGCCAUUGCAUUGGCUACAUCAGCUACGGGGAACUCACCAAAUUCAUUGAAACACGUUGCUGAUGACAUGAACGGCUCGUUGUCUCCAAUGUCUGUGCCAGCACAGAAACAGCUGAAGUAUAGCCCAGGUAUUGUUAAUGGUCCAAUCAGAGAAUCAGCAGCAUUCAUAGAUCAAACACGAAAGAUGGUACCACUUGGGCAGUUACCAAUGAAAAAGUUAGUUGCUAUAGGACAAGCUGGCAAUGGAAAACUGUGGAGGUGGAAAAGAAGCCAUCACCAAUGGCUCGUACAAUUCAAAUGGAAAUGGCAGAAGCCAUGGAGACUCUCAGAAUGGAUUAGGCACAGUGAUGAAACAAUAAUAAGGGCAAGGCCUCGUCCACAAGCUCUGCCACAAAGAGUCUGAUAGUCCAUGGUCGCCAGAUUAUGUUGGCCAUAUAAAUCUUUGACGUAUAAGAAUAUUCCCAGCCCAAGGUGCAGGGUGGAGCCUAGAAAAGAGUGCAGUUGAUGCAGUGUGCUGGAAAUGGCUGUUGGAACCUGCUUAUGCGGUGCUGGUUUAGUUGAUUUUGAAAAUAUCAAAACUAUAGGUUUGUAAUCUUCAAUUUUUUUGCUGUGAUUACUGCAUUCGGAGCAUCUUGUAAAGAGUGUUGAUGCUGCCGAUGGCGUGCCAAAUACGUUGAAGACGCUAGAAGCAUGAGAUGGUUUCGGUGGUGAUGCUUUAGCAAAAAGUAUAUAGUAUCUCGCUGGAGCUGUCUCUAAGGUUUUGGUGUAUUUUUUUUUUUUGGGUUUUGUUUUUCUUUCAAUCAAUAACACACUUUGAGGGAAGAAAGAAAGAAAAUGUUCCCAAGUCAUAGAAAUUUGUAUGGAAGGUGCAGGGUCUAAUUGUAUUUUUCAGUUUUUAGUUUUACCCAAUUUGUAAUCUCUUAGUUCAUAUGUUUCAGCGUGUGUAAGCUUGGUAUUAAUUUCGUUGAAAGAUUGAACUGUGUAGUAUUUUCAUUUGUUAUACAAGGAAAAUUCUUUA